AUGGCGCGGCAGCAGCUCGUAGCUCUUCUCGCUGCUGUUCUGCUGGCCACCGCCGCCGCGGUGGUGCCGCUCUCCAACUACGGCGUGAUAACGCCGCGGCCACGGUUGAUAAUGGGGAAGCGGGAUGAGGAGUACUGCGGCAAGAAGAAGUGCGUGAACGUCAAGUGCGAUAGCCGCUGCCCCGACCAGUGCUUCGUCCUCUGCCCCAGCUGCAAGACAAUAUGCAUCUGUGACUUCUAUCCCGGCAUCUCCUGCGGCGACCCGCGCUUCACCGGCGGCGACGGAAACAACUUCUACUUCCACGGUAGGAAGGACAAGGACUUUUGUGUCGUCUCUGAUGCCGAUCUCCACAUUAACGCCCACUUCAUCGGCAGCCACAACAUCGGCAUUGGACGUCACUUCACCUGGAUCCAGGCGUUGGGCAUCCGCUUUGCUGACCACCGUCUGUUGGUUGGCGCCAAGAAGACGGUGAAAUGGAACGGCGGCAUUGAUCGUCUAGAGAUGACCCUGGAUGAUGAGCCCAUUGACAUCCCCGCUAAGCUCGGCGCGGGGUGGGAAUCAACAUCCGUGGUGGGUUUGAGCAUCACGAGGACCGCCAUAGCCAACGGCAUCAGAGUUCAACUUGUGGGGGUGUUUGACAUCAUGGCUAGCGCGGUGCCCGUCACGGAGAAGGACUCUCGCAUCCACAACUACGGCGUGGUAGACGACGACUGCCUGGCUCACUUGGACAUCGGGUUCAAGUUCCAUGACCUUACCGACAAUGUGCACGGUGUUCUUGGUCAGACAUACCGCUCUGACUAUGUCAACAAGCUCAGCUUGCGCACUAGCAUGCCAGUCAUGGGUGGCGCAACCAGCUACUUAUCCUCCGAUAUCUUCGCUACCGAUUGUUUGGUUGCUAGGUUCGGUCGCCACGAUGGCAUCUCCAUGGUCGCAACCAGGGAUGGUUGA